GUGUAUUUAAAAAAAAUUGCGUGAAACAAAAUAUCAACAGUUUGGAAUAGGUUCUGUGAAAACGAGCACGCUAAUAAAAAGUGGACAACAUGAAGCUCUUUUUGCUACUAGUUGCUAUUGUCAGCCUUGUUCAGUUAUGUUCAUGUUCAAAAAUUGGAAAAAAACAAACCACCCCAGUGCCAAUUACAGAUGAUAGUGCCAUAGCCAAUGCUACCGAAGCAGUUGCGAAAUUGGAUCCAAUGGUUCUCAUCAAUUUUGCCAACAUAUUCGAUAAAUUCAAGCCCGAUUCGACUGAUGAGGAAAAUAUUGAAGCUUCGGCGAGACUCUUGAGUAUGGCAGUGAAUGGAGAUUUAGCAAAAAUCAAUCAAACUCUAUUUGACUUUUGGAAGAAUCGUAGUAGUUCAGAAGAGAUUGACAGCCAAUCAUCUGAUGAGGUUUAUUCACCAUUUGUCUUAGAUGAUUUGAGUGAAAGCACACUAAAGAAUUUGGAAGAAGUAUUUUCAAAAAUACUGACACCAUCACAAACCGAACAAGCCAUGACUAUACUUAGAGGUCUCAGCGAAAAUGCAACAACAACUCAGGAAGAAACAACAAAAGUUGACUUUUUCAUUUCAAUGGCACAUAAUUAUCUUGGUAUUCCCAAAAUUGAUCUAUGCAACUUAAUACGUGCUAUUAAAGCAAGCAUCGAUUGUAAGAAAUAUGCGUCAUCGUAGAUUGAUUUCUUGCAGCCGUUCUUUUUUUUUUCAUACCAAUGAGAUAAUAAUACUCACUGAAAAUUUCUUAUCAAUAAUAUUAUUUUUGUGAAAAUCAAAUAAUCAGCGGAUAGGAAAUAAAUAUGAAAAAGUUAAAGUAAAUAUAAA